AUGUCGUUCAGAACAUAUAACGCCUUGUGGGCAGACGCUCAGGACGACUUGGGUGUCGUUCUCGAAAAAGAUCAAGAACUUCAUGGAACUUUCCACCAAGACCAACGCGCUGAUGUCAUCCACCGGCUGAAGCGAGUCUACGUGCAAUACCUAGGAGUCGCCCGCAAGCUGGAUACGUGCUACGACCUCCUCCUGCACCCUCAGAAGCGCCUCCUCCUUCGGCGCCUGCUCGACAGCAUCAUCAGCAGGAUAGUGGAAAUGAAGCACGAGUUGGUCGCGCUGGACCUGAGCGACAUCCAGCACUGCGACGACAUCAUGGCGGAACUUGGCCUGACGCCCGAGGACAUGGAGGUGCCCAUUCCGACCUACAUCAGGAGGGAGAGAGCCGAACUCAUUAACGAGAUUGUAGAUCUGGAUUCUUUUAUAUCAUCCUCGCUCGAAUUCGUAGCUGUGAACCGAUAUCAUAUCCGAGCUAAUGGAUCUCUGGAUUUCCAAUUACAGCGGAACAUUUUCAUAGACGACUGCCUUCGCCGAGCUGGAUUGGAAGCAGUGUCAGAGGAUGAAUUCUCUCCUCUGACUGUCUCGGAAGCGAUCCUGCUCCUUCAGAAGCACGAGAGAGCCAAGCAAGGUCGCGCCAAAGCCGACCACCGCAGGGACAUGCUCGCAAAACAGGAACGCGAGCGAGGGCGCGGACGGCAGCAGAUGUCCAUGGAGGCAGCUGUAGUGAAGCUGCAAGCAGUGACCCGAGGCAUGCUGGCGCGCCGUAUCGUGAGGGAGAUGCGGUACCAUGAAGAGCUUUUCCUCGGCCUGCGCCCCGACCCGAGCCUGGACCGCAGCUGGGGUUCCAAGCUGGAGAAAGUGAAGCAGGCGAGGUACCGGGCGCAGGAGGAGAGGAAGAAGGAGCUGGAGGAAACCGAGAAACGCAUCCAGACGAAGAUCAUCUACGAGGAAGGGUCGCAUCUCCUCACCACCAUGGAAGACAAGAUCAGGGAAUGGAUGUUCAGCAAAAAACACGAGACAGGCAAGUUCCCCGACCUUCCUGACGAAGAGGAGGGAGGAUCUUCCAGCAUAGUGGGAAUGGCGAGGCCUGACGACGAUAUGGCCAGUGAGGACGCUCGGUCUGUUGAGAAGAAAGAGGCCGAAGAGAGGGACUGUACGAUUCUUAAGUUCUGUGUCGUGACCAGAUUUUUAGGACAUAUUCAGGGGAAGAGCGAGCGUGAAAAGGCGCGAGAACAAGCGAAGCAGAAGAAGAAGAAAGAGGAAGAGGAUCGAUCCAUAAGCCUUAAGCCUUCAAGUUUUGUUAGCGAUAUUCAAUCUUCGUGUGAGAAGUACCAGGACGUGUGGGUGGUGAGGGAUAUCGAGAGGAACCCGAAGGAGCAUCCCGAGAAGGACAUGAUCGAGACGGAGCAAAGGGCAAAGGUCGAAGUCGAGAUCAGGAGACAAGUGGACUAUCUCAUGAGGCAAGAACUGCAGCGUCUCAAGGAGGACGUGGAGGGCGAGAAGCGAGGCGCCAAGAAGAAGAAGCGAGUGAAGAAGGGCGGAAAGAAAGGCAGGAAACGGAAGGAGAAGGACUUGACUCCGGACCGAACAACAGAGUCCUUAUUCGAGGAGCUGGUUCUUAACGGUAUUAUCAAGAAGGUCCCUGAGGUGCGGCUGAAGGAUAUCUACGGCAACAUCAACCUCGUCGGGUCGGAGGUGGUGACCAAGACCAAGUAUCCUCUGCCAGCUCUCGGGGACAUCAAGAACAUCCUUGCCGAGUACGUGGUGCUCCCCCUUGGUGUGCAGGCAGUGCAUGAGCAGGUACAGUUGGUGAGAAGUGUCCUCGUGUGUGGCCCUCGAGGCUGUGGGAAAACAAGUCUCGUGCACGCGCUGGCGUACGAGGCCGGCGCCACGCUCAUGGACCUCACGGCUACCAACAUUGUGGGGCGUUAUCCAGGCAGGGCUGGCCUUAACAUGCUCACGCACCUUGUCAUGAAGGUGGGACGGCUGCUGCAACCCACGCUCGUGCUCAUUGAUAACGCCGACAAAAUGUUCCUGAAGAAAGGCAAUGCUGACCUCUUACAGGACAGUCCCUCGCCCGCGGCAAAGAUGACGCAUCUAAAUGGACUCAAGACAGAUCGUGUUUACGAACCACCAAUGCCCUGGAACUGCGACGUCAAGCUGUCUCCUCGGCUGGACAUCGGAGGUCUUGCCCGGAUAACUGACGGCUUCACUACAGGCCAUAUUUGCAGCGUCGUGAGUCAAGUAGUCACAGAACAGCGUCUCGCCAAGCAAGAUAAAUCACCACUGACAGCGGUUGAAUUCGUGGUGCCCUUGAGCAAGAUAGAACCCAUCUACAAGGAGGAAGAGGAGGCGAUGCGGGCGUGGUUCCAGAAGACGCCCAUCAUGAAGAAGAGAGGCAAGAGUCUGGAGGAGGAGCUGGAGGCGAUGGGCCUGAAGGGGAAAGGCGGCAAGAAGAACGAACCCAAAAAGAAGUCGAAGGGAAAGAAAGGAAAAAAGAAGAAGAAAUAGAUGGAUAAAUGAUGGCGUGAAAGGCUUCAGAGAAACAUCACUAUUACUUCUGGUACUGAGGUUACUUAUACGAAUCAAAGGACCUAAAAAAAAUCAUCUGGGCUUGUGUACCGAGAUGGUAUCAUACCCAAGUCUUCCAGGAAAGUAUGCUGUCUUGAUAUACUACUAUACACAAGCAUCAUACAAUAAAAUACGAAAGUAUUAUUUGAUUAAAAAAAAAGACACGACGUUCUUUGUUGUUUGUUUUUUUAUUGAUUAAUAACAUAACACAAGGCGUCCCUUAGUCAAGACAAUUGUUACAACACACUGCAGGCGCCUUCCUUAACGCUAAGACAUGACUCUUUCAUUCUGUACCCUCGCCUGGUCGCUUGAGUCUCCCGUGCGACGAUGGGUAUGACAAAGGCUUUCAUGAAUCUCACAUAACGUUCCUAUAAAUACUGACUUUGUAAAGUUAAUGAUUGGGUAAAUGUGAAGCAGACUCUUGCUGUACAUUCUUUGAUACUGUUUUGUAUGUUGGUAUUAUUAAGUACAAUAUAUUACACUGCCUAUUGUGUGCUUAGGGAAAGAGUGUAUUGAGGGAGUGAGUAUUAUUAACCUUACUCUUAUGGUAAUAUCGGAUUAACCUACAUUAGUACAUUGGUUUUAAAAGAGAAGUUAAUUUAUUAUACCGAUUCAGCAUUACUAUAUGCAGGCGUGUUUAGUUACUGAAAGUGAUUUCUGGAGUUAUCCAGUUCAUUAACAUCUUUUUCUCGACUUGUUGGUAUUAGUUUAAAAUCCCGAGGUUAAUAUGAAGCAACAAGGGGAGAAGCGAAGGGAGUGAAAAAGGCAGGGCAUUUGGGAAGAGACGGAAAUGAAAGGAAACGGAGAAACUAGCCAUGUACAUUGCCUGAGUCAACGUAGAAAAGACCGAGAGAGGUAAGUGAAAAAAAGGAAAAUAUUCACGAAAACGAAGAGAGAGGGAGCAAAGGAAUUCCCUUCUACACUGAAUCUGCAACACAGGUUUACGGUUGUUCAGCUCCAGUGAGGUUGUUGGGGAAAUACUUUCUGUGUCUACACAUCAGACUCAUAUUACUAAGCAUGAUGGCAGUCAGAUUUAGAAAGUAACACUUUGCACUGGAAAUGGCCUUAUCAAUUCGUACCUAUUAUUAUACAAGCUUCAAUAAAACUGAUGUUUACUUAU